AUGAAAAAAAUAAUAUUGAUCAUAUUGAGCGUGCAACAGAUUAUAGUGACAACACCUGCAGUGCGACCAGGCAAAUUUAUUUCCUAUUCUUUACCUGACAAAAGACCCUUAAAGAAAGCUCUAGGAUAUAUUGAGGACACUUACUUAAAUUUUACAGAAUUAAGCAAUAAAUACGGAUACUCAAUUGAAGAACACAUAAUAACUACAGAUGAUGAAUAUCUUCUAACAGUCUUCAGGAUCCUUUCAAAAUGUGAUCAAGUGCUAAAGUACCCUGUAAUAUUAAUGCACGGUAUAAGUGACACCUCAGACACAUGGAUAUUAACUGGUCCUAAAUCAGGUUUAGGUUACAUUUUAUCAAAUAAUUGUUAUGAUGUAUGGGCUGGCAAUCUUAGAGGAAACACGUAUUCACGUAAGCAUAAACGGCUGAAUCCAGAUGUAGACCCGGAAUAUUGGGAGUUUUCAUUUGACGAAAAUGGCUUUUACGAUUUACCUGCUAUUAUUGACUAUAUUAUAAAUGCUACCAAGCAAACUAAAGUUUACUAUGUUGGUCACUCACAGGGGACGACAGAUUUUUUCGUCAUGGGAUCUUUAAGACCUGAAUAUAAUAAAAAAGUUCAACUAUCCAUUCACUUAGCUCCAGUGGCAUGGAUGAGUACGUUAAAGAGCCCCAUACCAAUAUUAUUAGCACGAGCAACAAAACUUUUAAAAGAAUUCCUCGAUAACCUUGGUUUUGCUGAAAUUUUAGGCAAACAUCAAGUGUUUCAUGCUAUAGUAGAAUUGUUGUGCCAAUUUGCUCCAGAUGCAAUCUGUGGCACAUUUUUUGCUUUAACAACAGGUUAUUCACAAGGAAGUAUAUCAUCAAGGAAUCUGGCAGUAAGCAUGGGGCAUAUUCUAGCUGGUGUUUCUGUUAAAACAGUAGCACAUUUUGGCCAGUUAAUAAUGUCUGGAAAUUUCCAACGCUACGAUGAGGAAAAGGAAGGGAACAUAAGAAGAUAUGGUACACCCACGCCAUCAAAAUAUAAUGUAUCGCUUAUUACGUCUCCAGUUGUUCUCGUUUGUGGUCAAAAUGAUUGGCUGUCCACCUCAGAAGACAUCCAAAUAUUAGCCUCACAGCUACCAAAUUUAGUAGAAAAAUACAUAGUUCCCGAGCCAAAAGGGAGCCAUAACAAUCACCUCUGGGGUAAUGAUGUAAAAGAAUCCACUUAUAGUAAAGUUUUAGACUACUUUAAAAAAUUCAGUACA